AUGGAGCCUGUUGUUUUCCGUGAUGACGAUAAGAGACUUCACAACAUUGCCAUAGAUCCCGAUAUAUUGGGGCCCUUAGGUUUAGGUUUUAAAAUGCCUGUUGAAACGACGAAAGGGGACGGCAGCAUAAUAGGUAUUGAAAACAACAAUGUAUGUGUGCUUCUUGACUCAAAUAGGACUAAGCAGGUCAUUACGAUAUUCCCUCUUCAAGAAGUGGGUGCAGCUGUACGCUUAUUGCACGAGACGUAUCCUGAACAUCGCUUAAAGGCCGUGCUGUUUCGAGGGCAUCGCGUGAAAAUCGCAACUCAAAGUACACAAGGACCCUGCCCGGUCCUGGCUUUGUUUAAUGCCUUGAUGUUAAGUCACAAGAUGCAAGCUUCCUAUUUUUCCGACUACAGCAUUACAUCGCGUGAGCUCAUAAAAGGCUUAGCGAGCUACUUAUUCUGCAGCCAAUCGACAACAUUGGCAUACGGUCCUGCUAUUUCUGAGGGACAGUCGAAUUGUUUAUCAAAUGUAUAUGGUAAGGAUUCAACUUACAAAGGGACAAAAAGCAAUGGUACCGAUGAGAUAAACUUUGCAUCUAUGAACACGAAUGUAGAAUCCACGAGGCUACCGUUUUCACCGGUGUUAACAUUGUCGAAAAUCGUUCGAAAUCCUUCUACCUUACAGUUAGUUCGUGAGUCUCUCACGAGGACACAGGAGCAAGUCAUAGCGCUUCUGGACCGGCUUUAUAGUGGUAUGAAUAUUAAUCCCAUUUUUACAGACUGUGAGGGUUUUGUUGCCGAUAGCGAUGUAUCGCUUUUCGCACUAGCUGGCAUUCGUUUACUACAUGGAUGGGUUAUUUCACCGGGGAGUCUUUAUGCCCCCUUGCGGAACAUGUCUUUCAACGAAUUAACAACCCUGGCGGCGUCUUCUCCACCUUUAGCUCCACUAAUUAGUUCGAAUUCUCCCAAUUCUUCGUUUUCUCUGAAUGGGACUUUGUCAACCGGCGCGUUAAAGUAUGAAGACUUUGCGUUACCUGAGCUACCUCAACACACCUCAACCAUUCACGCUGUAGAGUUACAGGAGGAAAAUAAAGGUGACGUUGAAGAUACUGCCUCGAUAAAGGAGGGAGUUUCUGACUCUCUAACAGUAAAAUCGAGAGAGUUCUACACCCUCGCCAAAAGUUUUUACGAAGCCACAAAUAGUGCUCAGAUGACACCGGAGGGCUACGCCGAAUUGCGAGAAAGCGUAAAAGAGGGUGAGGUGGCUGUAAUAUUCUGGAGGAAUCAUUUUUUUUCAUGUGUCAAACUUCAAGAUCGUCUGUUGGCUCUAUGCUCGGAUGAUAGUUUUGCAGACAAGCCAUCUAUCGUGUUCUCUGUUAUUUCCCAGAAUAUGGAGGAGGACGGCUUUACAGAUGCAGACGGUGUCGAUGUCGAUCCCACGGUAAGGUACGUUCAAGCUGUUGCGGGGGAUCAGUUUUCUGAAACAGUCAUUCGUGCCGCGAAACGCAAGCUACAACAACUACACCCCAUGCAGAGGGAAGACCCCAAGGCCGUCGCAGACUACUUGUUAGAGGACAGGAAACGCGCUGGAAGACUUCUAGAAGGAGUCAACCAUAUAAGGAAUCGACAGCAGCAGCUUUUGAUACAGUCUACUAACGAGACUCAGUCACCACACCCAAAUACUGAAUGUACCUCGUCUAUUGGUAACCAGCUUCAACCCCAUCAAUCUGCCGCUUCUAAUGGGAAUACUGAAGUUUCUUUUGCUCAUGCCGAUACAGUAUAUCCAUCAAUAGCUUCAAUUAUUUCACAUUUUAAAGACAUUUUCCCUCAAGUGAACAAUGAAAUGGCAAAAAAAUACAUUCUGAAGCACGGAGGAAACCUUGAGAGGGCGGUUAACGCGUAUAUGUGCGCGUAG